AAAAGUUUUAUCUUUGCCAGACUCGAAAUGGCUGGUGGGAAAUAUCAAGAAUCCUCCUCUUCACGGUUUUCUAAUUGUAAACAUCAAGUGUUCUUGAGUUUUAGAGGUGAAGACACCCGCAGGAAAUUUACCGAUCACCUCUACACGGCCCUAGUCCAAGCAGGGAUUCACACAUUUAGAGAUGAUGAUGAGAUUCAGAGAGGACAUAAUAUAGAGUUGGAGAUCCAGAAAGCAAUACAACAAUCAAAAAUAUCGAUAAUCGUGUUCUCCAUAGACUAUGCUCGGUCGAGAUGGUGCCUCGAUGAACUUGUUAUGAUCAUGGAACGUAAGAGGACUACUAACUCCAUAGUUUUGCCGGUAUUCUAUGAUGUGGAUCCAUCCCAAGUCAGAAAUCAAACUGGGAGCUUCGCUGCAGCAUUUGUGGAACACGAAAAGCGCUUCAAGGAGGAGAUGGAGCGGGUGAAUGGGUGGAGGAUUGCUUUGAAGGAAGUUGCAGAUUUGGGAGGAAUGGUUUUAGGAGAUGGGUAUGAGGCACAGUUUGUCCAAUCUAUUGUGGAGAACGUCUCAAAGACUUUGGAUCGAAAAAUAUUUCAUUUGCCUUUACAUUUCAUUGGUAGAGAUUCUGUAAUACAAUAUAUCAACUCAUGGCUGCAAGAUAGGUCCCAUAGUGCUGCCAUUGCUUUACUCUAUGGAAUUGGUGGAGUUGGAAAGACUGCCAUAGCCAAGAAUGUUUAUAACCAGAACUUUUAUAAAUUUGAAGGAAAGAGCUUUCUUUCAAAUUUUAGAGAAAGGUCAAAGGAAUUCAAGGGUUUAGUUUGCCUACAGAGGCAACUUCUUUCCGACAUCCUAAAAAAAAGUGUUGAUGAGAUAAAUGAUGUUGAUGAAGGAAUCUUGAAGAUUAAGGAUGUAAUAUGUUGUCGAAGAACUCUUAUUGUUCUAGAUGACGUUGAGGAAAGGGACCAAUUCAAUGCAAUCGUUGGCAUGCAAAAUUGGCUUUGUAAAGGAAGUAAAAUCAUUGUAACGACCAGAAAUAAGGGUCUGCUUUCAGCCAAUGAUGAGGGGGUCAAGUGCAAAGUUGAACCUCUAGAUAGCGGAAAAUCACUUGAGCUUUUCAGUUGGCAUGCCUUUGGACAAGCUUACCCUGUUGAAGGUUUUGUAGAGGACUCUUGGAAAAUAGUGAAUCAUUGUAAUGGACUUCCAUUGGCCCUUCGUGUUAUUGGUUCUUCAUUAUCUGGUAAAAGUCGAGAAGUAUGGGAAAGUGCAUUGCAUGAAAUGGAAGUGAUUCCAAAUUGUGAAGUUCAAAAGAUUCUUCGAAUAAGUUACGACUCUCUCGAUGAUGAAUACCAGAAGAACUUAUUCCUUGAUAUUGCUUGUUUCUUCAAUGGAAUGGAUUACAAUUAUGCUGUUAGGAUACUAGAUGGGCUCGGUAUAGGUGCAAGAUUCAGGAUUGACAAUCUCAUCGAUAGAUGUCUUGUAGAAAUUGUUGAAAUCAACAGUGAUAAAAGGUUGUGGAUGCAUCAACUCGUAAGAGAUAUGGGAAGGGAAAUUUCUCGUCAAGAAUCACCCCAGUGUCAAAGAAUAUGGCAUCACAUGGAAGCUUUUACAGUUUUGAAAGAAGCAAGUGAUGCUGAAAAAUUGCGUGGCCUUACCAUUGAUAUGCAUGCAUUAAUGGAAGAUAAUUGUACCAAAGCUAUCUGUGGUGAUUCAAUGGUUCGCCUCAAGCAUAACUUCUUUCAACAUUAUCGUCUUCCUACGUUCCCCUCUCGAGAAUGGCUUUCUGACCUUUUCUUCGGGGAACAAGUACAAAGUGGUCAAGCAAGUUUGUUACCCGUCCUCAGCACGGAUGCUUUGAGAAAGAUGCAAAAUGUAAAAUUUCUCCAACUAAAUUACUUGAAGUUCCAUGGAAGUUAUGAACACUUCCCUAAGAAUUUGGUAUGGUUAUCCUGGCAUGGAUUCUCUUUGAGAUCCAUACCAAACCAAUUAUGCUUGGAGAAGCUUGUGGUUCUUGAUUUAUCCAGAAGCAGUCUAGUUGAUGCUUGGAAAGGAAAAUUGUCUCUUCCAAAAUUAAAAAUACUUGAUCUGCGUCACUCACAUGGCCUCAUUAGAACCCCAGAUUUGUCAGGUCUGCCAAGACUUGAAAAUCUAAUACUUGAAGACUGCAUCCAUUUGGCUCAGAUUCAUGAUUCUAUUGGAGAUUUACAUUGUCUCAUGAUGUUAAAUCUGAAGAAUUGUAAGAGUCUCGUGGAGCUUCCAGAAGAAGUGAGUAGAUUGAAUUCACUUCAAGAGCUUUAUUUAAAUGGUUGCUCAAAUCUUGACAGCCUGAAUAUGGAAUUAGAGCAUCAUCAGGGACACAGGUUGCUUCAAAGUGAUGGAUUUGUUGCUAACAUCGUUUUGAUGGUACAGGUAACAGUUUUUAAGGGCGUAUUCAACGUUGUCGUAUCUGAUGAAGAUGGGAUGUUUAAGUUUUAUGAGGAGGAAGAAGAGGAGUGGAUCAUUCAGAAAGAGUUUGUGGGCUGCCUGUCAUUCCAAAUAGCCUCACCUGCUGCGCACCGGAUAUAUGGUUUUAAUCUAUUCACAAGGUUUUGUACCACGUCAGAAACCCUUCUCUGUGGUUCUGUUUAUCUCGAAAUCAGAAACAAUACCGGUGGUCGAUCCUUGUUUUGUCCCGCCUCUUUCUUUCCUAGUGGCUACAAGCACGGGAAUGCUGUACUCCAAUCGCUAAGCCACUGGAAAUUAGGGGGCGAUGAUCCUACAUUUGAUAAUGGUGAUGACGUGAGUAUUUCAGUGGUUCCACUUGAUCCAACUAUUCAAAUAAUGAUGGUUGGUGUCCUAUGGUUGCAUGAAGAGGAAGGAAAUGGUGAUGAUGAUGAUAUCCAAUCAAAGAAUAAAGUUAUCACAUCCCAAAGUAGUAGCUCAUCAUACAGGGAAGUUAUCACAACCCACAACAGUAGCGAUGAUGAUGAUGAUGAUGAUGUACAUCUAGCCAAUGUAGAAACAGCUUCUCAUAUUUUUAGGAAUUAUUCCUGUGCUGCGCGUUAUAAUCCUGGCAACUUGGAAGUAUGUUCGUGGUUAUUUGAAAAGAAAGGGAUAUUGGAAGAAAAAGGGAGGCAUCUUUGUUUAGCCUCUUGCAUGGUUGGUGGCGCUGUAAGAGAGAGGGGUUGAUUCUUUCGAAUUGCGGAGGAGAUCAGCGAGCAACAGAUUAUCUCGUGACACAUUUGUCUUCACUCAGGUCUGUCUUAUUGUUUUUACAUUUCAACUUAUUUUCUUCGAUGUGAUUGUUUGAAGAUUCUUUCAAGGCUUUUUUAGGCUUAUUAUAUAAUGAGAUAUUCUUUUGGAUGAGAUUAUAUGAGAUUAAUACAUUUGCCAUGGCACGAAAUUGUUUAUUUUCAGCAUUUUUGUGUUUGCU